AUGAAUAAUACCAGCACCAAUUUAUUGGUUAAUGGUGAUUUCGAAACAGGUCAACUCACUGGAUACUCCGUUUGUAAUAUGAAUUCAAGUCGACUUUCUGGGGGUAUAUUACCCAGCCAAUGUGCUCGUAAUGGCACGUACAGCUUUCUUGAUGGCAGCCCUUCAAGUCCUGAUUAUCUUUGGCAAAAAUUUACAACUAUUCCACAACAACAAUAUAAGAUCAGUUUUUGGUUAAUCAAUUCCGGUCCACCACCAAAUUCAUUUAAAGCUACUGUUGGACCGUACACUAUUCAAAGCGGUAUCAUUUAA